CUUUUCCACCAAGGCAGUUCUGGUGCUGGUUCGGAGUCAGUGCCAAAAUCGAACCGGUUCUUUGCUUUUCCACACAAAUAAACCUGGCUCUGGGCCAAGAAAACAGGUUCCAACUCAGCACCAACUUUGCGCUGGUCUAGAGAUAAGAACCGAUUACGUCAGGUGCUGGAUCAUCGUAACGUUCGAAAACAAAAACAUCGGGACGCCAUUUUUAAAACACCGGUCAGCUGUUAACCAUAGACAGCUGUUACCGUUUUGCUUUGGACAUGGACGGAAAACCAAAACAACCGUGGUCUGUGGAGGAAACCAACUGUUUGCUGGCUUUGUGGUCCUCCACAGAAAUUCAAAAUAAAUUAGAUGGAGCUGUGCAGACAAAACCCGUAUUUGAAAGGCUACAGAAUGAGAUGUCGGUUGCGGGUUACCAGAGAAGUGUAGAACAACUGAUAAACAAAAUAAAAAAAUUAAAAAAGGAUUAUCGGGACCAAAAAAAGGAACUUGGGCGAAGUGGUAGCGGCGGUCGGCAAAGAAGAUCCCCAUAUUUCGACGUCCUGGACGCCAUACUUGGUGACCGACCGGCAUGCCAAACCACCGGGGCACUUAACUCCGCCACAGCCUUGUUAGAGGCUAUGGUGAACGGAGGAGAAGCAGAAAAUUCCAAUGCUUCAGGACUCAGGUCUUAUUGUGAAAAGUCUGUCUUGAAUGAGCUUUAUAAACUAAACCUGCUCCCUGUUUUGUGGUUUAUAGAGUUGUCUCUCACUGGUGAGGAAGGGGAUGUUGACGAUGACACGGAGCUACCACCACCACCAUCACCACAGGACUGCAGCUCGCCGGUACCAUCUGCCUCCGUGUCAUCACGGCAAGCCAGACGAGGAAAAAGACAGCGUGAAAAUGAGGAGCUGUUGGAGUACAUGGAGAAGGCUGACGAUAAGUUCUUGCAGCUCAACAAGGACAUGACAGCAAAGAUGGAGACAGACACAAGUGCUCUGCUUGGGCUCAUGGCACGCAUGGUGGCAGUGAUGGAGGCGCAAGCAAAAAAAUAGACUAGGUUUUAAUUUAAUUAACAUGUUAUUUAUUUAUUAAUAUUUGAUUGUCUAUGCCAAUAAACAAAUGUUUAUAUAUUUUA